AUGACAGCCAUCGACUUGGAGACAUAUCCGUUGCACAAGGCUGCAUUUUUCAAUGACGUACACUCGAUAUCACAGCUCAUCAAAGCGGGUCGUAGUUUAUACGAACAGGAUAUGCAUGGGAAUACAGCGCUUCAUAUUUCAACAAUGCUUGGUCAUCGAGUAACGGAGAUGCUGCGGAAACUGAAAGCCCAAUCUCGUAUGGGAAUGACUAGUCGUAAAGCGCAUCUCAUCAAAAUGUUGGAGGAUAUCGGAGAUUUUUAUCUCGAAUUGAAGUGGGACUUCCAAAGUUGGAUUCCUCUGCUUUCACGAAUGCUCCCAUCUGAUGUGUGUCAGAUAUAUAAAAAAGGUACCCAGUUGCGUAUGGACACGACACUGGCAGAUUUCAAACGGAGAUAUUCAGUGACGCGAUGGGACGCGGUGCAUAUAUCCUUCGUUUUUAAUGCCAAGGCUAAGUACGAGUCCGAUGAGCUUAUUAUCAUGGACAACAAUGCAAAGGUGUUCCAACGAGUACGUCAUGAGGAAUCUGAGGCCGAAGUCGAUGAAGAAGUGGAUGUGUUGAUGUCGUCGGAUAUCGUUUCAGCUCAGGAGCAAAUUGGUGACUAUAAUGUCAAUUUCUAUCUGGUAGAAGGAAUGAGAUUAGUAUCACGAAAGAGACGGGAGCAUCUGACUGCUGAUGAUAUUAAAAAGAACAAAUCUUUCAUGCAAUCGUUGGCAAGUGGUGCUGCUGUGGGUGAUGAGGAUUUCAAGAGCCUUCAACAUCGGAAGUCGUUAGCACCACCUGGUCGAAUGCCAACAACUUGGGAGGAAUAUAGCGAAGAUUUCCCCAUGGGAAUAGAUGUUCUUCUCGAUAUUCUCGAAAUUGUCGCACCAUUUAAGCAUCUCGAUAAAUUGCGGCGUUUCUGUGAAGCAAGACUUCCGCCUGGUUUCCCUGUGCGUGUAGAGAUUCCCUUGCUCCCUACGAUAUCAGCGAAGGUCACUUUCCAAAAGCUUCAGUUUGUGACUAAUCUCUCGGACAAAAUCUUUUUCGUGCCGGCAUCGUAUCGCGAGGAUCCAACGAGAUUCCCGGAUUUAUGA